AUGGGUAGCAUGAAGAUUGUCGCGGUGGCUCUAAUCGCAAUUUUGCUGGUAGCAACGUUGUCGUCGGCUGCCUAUGCCAUCGACGACGACUCGAUGGACCUUGUCUUCGACGGUCGAGACAUCAAUCAUAGAGUCCCAAGAAAGAUCAUGAAAUGGGGAGUGCUUAAUCAUGAAGAAAGGGUAUGUCCCAAAAUCCUCAUGGAAUGCAAAAAGGACUCUGAUUGCUUAGCUGAGUGUUUAGCCUCGGCGGCCUGCACGAACGCGAUCAAACUCGUGAGCGACGGUGAAAAUGAGAUGGAAAGUGGGUUUGGAAGCAAGAUGAUGAAAAAUGAGUUUCCAAGCCCAAUCGAUAGUGUCAUUUUAAGCUUGUGGAAUGUAUCAGCUUCAUCUGAUUUUAAUGUUCUUGAUUAUGGAGCGGUUGGAAAUGGAAAAACGGAUGAUUCACAAGCUUUUUUGAAAGUAUGGAAAGACGUGUGUGGGGCAACGAUAGGCAUCCCAACAUUGCGUGUACCAAUUGGAAAAACUUACCUAUUGAAGCCUCUCAAAUUCGAGGGCCCUUGUAACCCUAAACGAGUAAAUUUUGAGGUUAGAGGAACUAUCAUGGCUCCGAGCGUGGCUGCAUGGCCUAGCCAUAACGAAGAAAACUGGAUCCAAUUCUUGGACAUAGCUGGUCUCAAUAUCAAUGGGGCAGGUCAAUUCGAUGGCCAGAGUUCUUCUUGGUGGAAAGAUUGUCAUUCAAACUGCACACCUCCAACGCUCCGACUACGAGAAACUAAGCACAUCAAUAGUGUCAAAAAUCAUAUCUCCAUAAACGCUUGCAAUGAUGCCAUUAUCUCAGACGUUCACAUCAUUGCUCCCGAAAACAUCCCUAACACAUACGGAUUCAACGUUUCUAGAUCAAACAAUGUUGUUAUUCAAAACUCCUUAAUCGAAACAGGUGACGAAUGUAUUUCUCUAUACAAUGGAUCUUUUAAUAUCAAUAUCGUCGGUGUUACUUGUGGACCUGGUUACGGUAUAAGCAUUAGAAGCUUAGGAGAAGAUGGAGGAUAUAACGUAAUUGAAAACAUCAAUGUAAGCAAUUGCACCUUAAAGGGCACUCAAAAUGGAUUGAGAAUCAAGACUUCACAGGUUAAUAUAAGUAGUUUUUAA